AUGUCUCUGACCAAGUCUGAGAGGACCGUCAUCAUGUCCAUGUGGGGCAAGAUCUCCACACAGGCGGAUGCCAUCGGCACUGAGGCCCUGGAGAGACUCUUCGCCAGCUACCCUCAGACCAAGACCUACUUCCCGCACUUCGACCUGCACCCGGGCUCGGCGCAGCUGCGCCUGCACGGUUCCAAGGUGGUGGCCGCCGUGGGCGAAGCGGUCAAGAGCAUCGACAACAUCGCCGGCGCCCUGUCCAAGCUGAGCGAGCUGCACGCCUACGUCCUGCGCGUGGACCCCGUCAACUUCAAGCUCCUGUCCCAUUGUCUGCUGGUCACGGUGGCCUCGCACUUCCCCGCCGACUUCACGGCCGACGCCCACGCCGCCUGGGACAAGUUCCUGUCCAUCGUAUCCAACGUCCUGACCGAGAAGUACCGCUGA